UCCUUCUGAAUGGACCGGUUUGGGACUGUCCGAUCUCGGCGCAGCGUGGAUCCGUGUUGUGUAGACGCGUGUCUUCACAAACGGUAGAUCCACAGUGUUGCACGACUGCAGAGGACAACCUUCUGAUGCAACGUCACAUGCGUUUAUAGAGAAGAGUCCUAGUUGUUGCACUUCUGACACCAUGAAGACGAGAGAGGUGAACAUUAUAAACCAGGGUCUGGAAGAUGAGAUGGAGGUGUGGGGCUACCAGCCCUGUCUGUGGAAGAGGAUCCUGGUGGGUGUGGGUGCUGUGUUCUCCGGGGGUCUCCUGCUGCUGCUGCUCUACUGGCUGCCCGAGUGGGGCGUUAAGGGCACCUGCACACACACUUCGCUGAGGGACGCACACACACUGCUGCUCAGAACCACGGAUGAGUUCAAGCAGUGGUUUCGAGCCAAAAUACAUGUGAUGUCAGCUCUGGGAAAGAAACCCUUUGACAGCCUGGAUCUGCAGUCCACGGACCAACUGCCGAACGGAGACGCAGACCACGGCAUCAGCGCCGUGUGUGAGGAGCAUCAUGGGAAAUUUAGACAACCUUUUCAGAUCCACUACUUCACCCACCACAGCACUAAAUACUACUGGAGUGAUGUGAUACAGAACUUUGAAUUGUACAAAGGCUUGGAGGAUGUGAAGGUGAGCUGUGCAAGCAUCCACUCUGACCACAGCCCUGGACUUUCUAAAACACUGCAGGACUACAGGAGGUUGUUUUUCGGGGAGAAUGAGAUUGCUGUAAGAGUGCCGUCUCUAUUCAAGCUUCUCAUAAAGGAAGUCUUGAAUCCCUUCUACAUCUUCCAGCUCUUCAGUGUCAUUCUGUGGAGUGCCGAGGACUACUACUAUUAUGCUACAGCGAUAGUUUUUAUGUCUGUGAUUUCAAUAGCUACCUCACUGUACACUAUUAAAAAGCAAUAUGUCAUGCUGCAUGACAUGGUGGCAACACACAGUGUGGUCCGUGUUUCAGUGCGCAGAGGAAGUAAAGAUAUUGAACAGGCCAUGUCGACAGAUCUUGUGCCCGGUGAUGUCAUCAUUAUGCCAGCAAAUGGGAUGAUCAUGCCCUGCGACGCUGUGCUCAUACAUGGGACCUGCAUUGUAAACGAGAGCAUGUUGACAGGAGAGAGCGUGCCAGUUACCAAGACAAGUCUGGCCAGUUCAGGUGAGGAGGCGGCCAGGAGCUUCAAUAUGGAGGAGCAUAAGAGACACACCCUGUUCUGUGGUACCCACGUCAUCCAGACGCGCUUCUACGCUGGAGAGCUGGUGGAGGCUGUUGUAGUCAGAACAGGCUUCAGUACAGAGAAAGGCCAACUUGUGCGCUCCAUCCUGCACCCUAAACCCACAGACUUCAAGCUGUACCGCGACGCUUACCUUUUCUUGUUGUGUCUGGUGGGGGUGGCAGCCAUCGGCUUCAUCUACACCAUCAUCCUCAGUAUCAUGAACAAGGUUCCAGCUAAAACCAUCAUCAUUGAAUCUCUGGACAUCAUCACCAUCACCGUGCCCCCCGCUUUACCGGCAGCCAUGACAGCCGGUAUCGUCUAUGCGCAGCGUCGUCUGAAGCGCGUGGGCAUCUUUUGCAUCAGUCCACAGAGGAUCAACAUGUGUGGUCAGCUGAACCUGGUUUGCUUUGACAAGACUGGUACUCUGACAGAAGAUGGUUUGGACCUGUGGGGUGUUCAGACAGCUGAAGAUGGCGGCUUUUCUCCCCCAGAGGCUGAUGCAGCUAAAGAAAGUCUGGUUAACACUGAAUUUGUGGCCUGCAUGGCUAGCUGCCACUCACUGACCAAGAUCGAGGGCGAGCUCUCCGGAGACCCUUUAGACCUCAAGAUGUUCAGCGCUACAGGCUGGAUACUAGAGGAGCCAACAGAGGAAGAGACUGCACUCCACAAUCCCAUAAUGCCCACAGUGGUGCGACCUCCAAAGCACUCCCUCCCUGAAGCCAACCAGAACAAUCCACUGACUCACAACAUGGAACUGUCUGAAAUAUCAUCCUGUGAGAUCGGUAUUGUGCGUCAGUUCCCGUUCUCCUCGACCCUACAGAGGAUGAGUGUGGUGGUCAGAAGGCUCGGAGAAAAACACAUGAACGCUUACUUGAAAGGAGCUCCGGAGGUUGUGGCCAGCCUCUGCAAACAGCACACAGUCCCACAGAGCUUCACAGAGACUCUGGAGACCUACACCAGGCAGGGUUUCAGGGUUAUUGCCCUGGCACAUCGACAGCUGGAGUCCAAACUCUCCUGGCACAAAGUCCAGAGCCUCAGCAGGGACCUGAUAGAAACCAACAUGGAGUUCCUUGGUUUGAUCAUCAUGCAGAACAAAAUAAAAGAGGAGACUGCUGGGGUUUUACGUGAAUUACGGCAAGCUAACAUCCGCACUUUGAUGGUCACAGGUGACAACAUGUUGACAGCAAUAUCUGUGGCUCUAGAUUGUGGUAUGAUCCGUGCACAUGAGAAGGUCAUUAUUGCAGAUGCUGCGCCUCCUAAGGAUUUCCACCCUGCUAGUAUCACAUGGCAUUACACUGAAAACCCAGCUCAGACAAAUAAGGACAAUCAGACGGUGGAGAUAAAACUGGAGGAUGGGGUGUAUGACAAUAGAGUUACUCAGCAGGAACAAAGCUAUCACUUUGCUGUGACUGGCAGAGCCUUUGCUGUCAUCACUGAGCACUUCCCUCAACUCGUCCAAAAGCUCGUGCUGAGAGCCACUGUGUUUGCUCGUAUGGCUCCAGACCAGAAGACGCAGCUGGUGGAAGUCAUGCAGAGCAUUGACUACACUGUUGGGAUGUGUGGCGAUGGUGCAAAUGACUGUGGAGCUUUGAAGAGAGCUCACAGUGGGAUCUCUCUGUCUGAGCUGGAGGCCUCUGUUGCUUCACCCUUCACCUCCACCACCCCAAACAUCUCCUGUGUCCCCAACCUUAUCAGGGAGGGCCGAGCUGCCCUCAUAACAUCAUUCUGCGUGUUCAAGUUCAUGGCUCUCUACAGCAUCAUCCAGUACCUCAGUGUCACCUUGCUCUACUCGAUUCUCAGUAACUUGGGAGACUUCCAGUUCCUCUUCAUUGACAUCGCCAUCAUUCUCAUCAUUGCCUUCACAAUGAGUCUGAACCCGGCAUGGAAGGAGCUGGUGUGGCACCGCCCGCCGUCCAGUCUGAUCUCCGGCCGGCUGCUCUGCUCAGUUCUGACCCAGAUCCUCACCUGCAUGGUCUUCCAGGUCCUGGCUUUCCUCUUAGUACGACAGCAGAGCUGGUAUGAGACAUGGACCCCUCAGUCAGACGCCUGUAAUGUUUCCCGCUCCAGUCUCUCUCUCAGCCGAAAUGUAACGAGCCCCCACGACCACAAAAACAUCAAGAACUACGAGAACACCACCCUCUUCUACGUCUCCUGCUUCCAGUAUUUAGCAGUAGCCAUCAUUUUCUCUAAAGGAAAGCCCUUCAGACAGCCGAGCUACAAGAACUGGCCGUUCAUGCUGUCCUGCAUUGGUCUGUAUACUUUUGUCCUCUUCAUCAUGCUCUAUCCUGUUCCUGCCAUCGACAGCUUCCUGGAGAUCGUGUGUGUUCCCCAUGACUGGCGCGUUACACUGGUCAUCAUUAUCGUAGUGAAUGCGGCUGUGUCUUUCAUGCUGGAGAUUUUGAUCCUUGACAUCAUCUGGCGGAGGCUAGUUUUCAGAUGCAAUCAGGGCGUAAAUCGCCCCACAGAGCCCCUCUCUGCUGACACACCUCAGGAGGCCAAUGAUCGCUGGGCCUCGUCGUUCCUCUCCUGGUUGUUCUGUCGGAGAAACAAGCCCCCGAGGGUGCGCUACAUGAACCUGGCCCUGGAGCUGCAGGACGACGCAGACUGGCCUCCCAGACCCUCCACUGUCACCUACGCCAGCGAUCUACAAUCCCACAUCACUGCCCCCCUCUGACAACAACGAGACUAACAAGCAAACUACUGCACAGACUAAACCUAAAACUUUAGCUUGAGUUGAGUUCAGAGAUGUGACAAAUGCUCAGAUGAUGUGUGAGACGUGGAACCGGCUGGAUGCCAGCGACCUAUCCAGGAGCCUCAUAAAGGUGAGGCCUCCUAUUGCAACGAAUGACCGACACUGUGAGCUGCUCAUACAUAAAGUUCUCUUUUGUUUUGAUUAACCUCGUGAGAAUAGACAAACACUAUGCACCCAUCCAACUGCUGAAACUGGAGCCAGAGGCUUUUGUUAAAGGAAUAGUCCAACACUCAAAUAUGGACUGCUUUUUCGCUCUCUUGUUAAGAAGACUGAUAAGAGAGUGAUCUCAAUUCUCAGCCAGAAAACUAACUCAAAUGUACCAGUGACAUACAAAAUGCAACAACAACACUUAACAUUGAGGAUGAUGUAUAAGUGUCCUACAAGUCUCUUAAUUGUUACCAGCCGUAAUGGCAACACAAGGUAUUUUUUUCGCCUUGUGUGUGUGUCAUCAUGGCAAAAUGAUUUCCUGGAGACACCGGGGCUGCGGUUGAGAAGUCCUUUUUGCUUAGGAAGGUUUCUAAUUGUGUGAAAUGACUCGGAAGUAUAAAAUUGGCCGCCAUGAUAAGAGCUGUUCAAACUCUCUAAAUGCUAAGGAAAGUUGCUUCAAUGCUUCCUUUCUCAGCUCCUUUAGUAUAGGAUACACUGGACCAUCCUUUACCAACGGAUAGAAGAUAAUGCCACCCUACAAUUCUUUGUGGCGGCAACAUUUAAA